GUUCAUUUGUCAGUCGAGCAGCAGCAGCAGCAGUUCUCCAGCCAUCCAGUUAUCCAGUUCUUCAGUUCUUCAGCUCUUCAGUUCUCCAUCUGAAUCCAAAGCAAGCAAUCCAGAAUGGCACAGAGACUGAUCCUCGUCCUGAGCGCCCUGGUGGCGGUGUCCUCCGCCGUGGUGGUUCCCGGUCCCGGACUGGCCCUGCCCGGCUACCCGGCGUAUCCCUCGUAUCCGGCGCUGGCCAAGGUGGCUGCUCCUCUGGUGGCCAAGGUGGCGGGUCCGGAGCCCUACGAUCCCAAUCCCCAGUACACCUUCAGCUACGACGUUCAUGAUGGAUCCACUGGCGAUGUGAAGAGCCAGCAGGAGACCCGCAGCGGAGAUGUGGUGCAGGGCGCCUAUUCCCUGAUCGAGGCCGAUGGAACCCGCCGUAUUGUGGAGUACACCGCCGAUCCCGUGCACGGAUUCAACGCAGUGGUGCGCCGCGAGGGAGCCGUGGUGAAGGCGGUGGCUCCGGUGGCCAAGGUUCUGGCCCCGGCUCCGCUGCUCCACGCCGCUCCUCUGGUGGCCAAGCUGCCCGCCUAUGGUCCUGCUCUGGGCCACGCCUAUGGACCAGCUCUGGCCCAUGGAUACGGUCCUGCCUUGGCACCCGCCUACGGACCUGCUCUGCCCAAGCUGGCCCUGCCCGCUCUGCCCGCCCUCUCGCCCCUGGGCUACCACUAAGUCACGGGGAAUCCCAACCGGAUUAAUGUGCCACCCCUCGAAUAUUGCCGACCUCUUGCCGCUCCCGAAUAAUGGACACAUCGCGACCAACUUCUCCUGCCACGUGGCCUCCAGUUAGUAGAAGGUGGGCCACGGGCCGAUCGUAGUCGAUAGUAGUUGUAGUAUUAGUUGAAAUGAAAGCGAAAUAUCGAAAUAUGUACAUACGAAUUCACGGACAGCGGUUUCGGGGACUCCAAACUUUUGGGUCCCCAUCCAAUGUCCCCUCAUCUACACUCACACAUUCUCGACGCCUUUCAUUUAUGUUUCUUGUCUUUUUAAUCUUAAGGCUGUUUGACCGCGAUAAAAACUCUUUAAUCCCCAACUUACAAUCCCCGUUUCAAUUCUUAUUUAAUCCGAGCCUGUGCACUCGAGUAAAACUCGCAGAAUAAGAAACGAGAUUGCAAUAAACGAACCGAAGCUAUGCAAAUGGAAA